AAAUGCAGGACAUUUCGGAACGUAUUCUAAAAUAUAUCGCAGAUCAUGGCGAAGUGGAUACGCUUGAUCUGGCCACAGUGUUCGGAGAGGAUCACCAGAAAAUAGUUGGUGGCGUUAAAAGUAUCGAGGCAACCGGUGAGCUGAUCCAGUGUGUGCCAAGCACACGCAAAUCUUGGAAGCUUACGGCAGAAGGACGGGACAUUCUGGAACAUGGUAGCCACGAGGCGAACGUGUUUAAAGCUGUCCCGCAGAAUGGUAUACCGCAGGCCGAGUUAAUGAAGUGUGGAGGCAAGAACCCAAAAGCUGGCUUCAGCAAGGCCAUGUCGAACGGCUGGAUAUUGAUCGACAAAACCGGUGGUGCACCGCUCGUUCGCCGCAAGGUGGACACCAUCGAGGAUGAAGUGCUGGCGUACGUUAAAGCCAUCGCAGAUGGCAAAGAGUCGAGCGUCCCGGACGGUGUGAAGAAUGAGUACAAGAAGCGCAAAAUUCUCGAGGAAAGUGUGACGAAAAGUUUCGUACUAUCGAAGGGGCCAGAAUUUGCGACCACUCUCAAGAAGCUAGAAACGGAUCUGACGGUUGAAAUGUUAGCGAGCGGUCUGUGGAAGGAUUUGAAAUUCAAGGCGUACAACUUUGAUGCCCUCGGAGCACCGCCCGGACGAGGCCAGCUACAUCCGCUGAUGAAAGUGCGCACCGAGUUCCGGCAGAUAUUCCUCGAGAUGGGUUUCUCGGAGAUGCCAACGAACAACUUUGUCGAGUCAAGCUUUUGGAAUUUUGACGCACUGUACGUACCGCAGCAACAUCCGGCACGCGAUCAGCAGGAUACGUUCUUUGUGUCGCAUCCGAAAAUGAGCGAUAAAUUCCCGUUGGCGCUGGUGGAAAGUGUGCGCGAUUCGCACGAACGUGGUGUCGAUGGUUCGAUUGGGUACCGGUACGACUGGAAGCUGGACGAAAGUCGCAAGAAUGUGCUGCGUACGCAUACGACCGGUGUGAGCGCCCGGAUGCUGUACAAGGUGGCCCAUCAGCCCGGUGGGUUUAAGCCGGUCAAAUACUUCAGCAUCGACAAGGUGUUCCGAAACGAAACGCUGGACGCUACCCAUCUGGCCGAGUUCCAUCAGGUGGAGGGCGUUGUGGCUGACUAUGGCAUCACGUUGGGCGAUCUGAUCGGUACGUUCAAUGCGUUCUUCAACAAGCUCGGCAUCACGGAGCUGGAGUACAAACCGACAUUCAAUCCGUACACCGAGCCGUCGAUGGAAAUCUUUUGCUUCCAUCCGGGUUUGCAGCGAUGGAUCGAGGUUGGCAAUUCGGGAGUGUUCCGGCCGGAGUUGCUUAUCCCGCUCGGUGUACCGAAGGAGGUGAAUGUGAUUGCGUGGGGCCUGUCGCUCGAACGCCCGACAAUGAUCAAGUACGGGCUGAACAACAUUCGCGACCUUAUUGGGCCGAAGGUGGAUUUGAAGAUGGUUCAGGAUGGUCCGAUUUGUCGCAUGAAUUGUUAA